AUGAGGAGACUGAGUUUGUGGUGGCUGCUGAGCAGGGUCUGUCUGCUGCUACCGCCGCCCUGCGCACUGGUGCUGGCCGGGGUGCCCGGCUCCUCCUCGCACCCGCAGCCCUGCCAGAUUCUCAAGCGCAUUGGGCACGCGGUGAGGGUCGGCGCGGUGCACUUGCAGCCCUGGAUCACAGCCCCCCGCGCAGCCAGCCGCGCUCCGGACAGCAGCCGGGCAGGCGCCCACAGGAAUGAGCCCAAGCCAGGGACUUGGCGGCCCCCGGCUUCCUGGCCCGGCGCUCGCUGGUUGGGGAGCGCCUUGCCUGGCCGGGGGCUGCCGGGUGCCCGGAAGCCCGGGGAGGGCGCCAGGGCCAAGACCCUGUGGCCUCGGGACGCCCUCCUCUUCGCCGUGGACAACCUGAACCGCGUGGAAGGGCUGCUGCCCUACAACCUGUCUUUAGAAGUAGUGAUGGCCAUCGAGGCGGGCCUGGGCGAUCUGCCGCUCUUGCCCUUCUCCUCCCCUAGCUCGCCGUGGAGCAGUGACCCUUUCUCCUUUCUGCAGAGCGUGUGCCACACCGUGGUGGUGCAAGGGGUAUCAGCGCUGCUCGCCUUCCCCCAGAGCCAGGGAGAAAUGAUGGAGCUGGACUUGGUCAGCUCCGUCCUGCACAUUCCAGUGAUCAGCAUCGUGCGCCAGGAGUUUCCACGGGAGAGUCAGAAUCCCCUUCACCUACAGCUGAGUUUAGAAAAUUCAUUAAGUUCUGAUGCUGAUGUCACUGUCUCAAUCCUGACCAUGAACAACUGGUACAAUUUUAGCUUGUUGCUGUGCCAGGAAGACUGGAACAUCACCGACUUCCUCCUCCUUACCCAGAAUAAUUCCAAGUUUCUCCUCGGAUCUAUCAUCAACAUCACCACCAACCUCUCCUCCACCGAGGACCUCUUAGGCUUCCUGCAGGUCCAGCUUGAGAGCAUUAAGAACAGCACGCCCACGAUGGUGAUGUUUGGCUGCGACAUGGAGGGUAUCCGGCGGAUUUUUGAAAUUACCACCCAGUUUGGGGUAAUGCCCCCUGAGCUUCGUUGGGUGCUGGGGGACUCACAGAACGUCGAGGAGUUGAGGACCGAAGGCCUUCCCUUGGGGCUCAUCGCUCAUGGGAAAACAACGCAGUCAGUCUUUGAGUACUAUGUGCAAGAUGCCAUGGAACUGGUUGCAAGAGCUGUAGCCACAGCCACCAUGAUCCAGCCAGAACUUGCCCUCAUUCCCAGCACAAUGAACUGCAUGGAUGUGGAGACUACAAAUCUCACUUCAGGACAGUAUCUGUCAAGGUUUCUAGCCAAUACCACUUUCAGAGGCCUCAGUGGUUCCAUCAAAGUAAAAGGUUCCUCUAUCAUCAGUUCGGACAACAACUUUUUCAUCUGGAAUCUGCAACAUGACCCCAUGGGAAAGCCAAUGUGGACCCGCUUGGGCAGCUGGCAGGAGGGAAAGGUUGUUGUGGACUACGGAAUAUGGCCGGAGCAGGCCCAGAGGCACAAAACCCACUUCCAACACCCAAGUAAGCUGCAUUUGAGAGUGGUUACCCUGAUCGAGCAUCCAUUUGUCUUCACACGGGAGGUAGAUGAUGAAGGCUUGUGCCCUGCUGGCCAACUCUGCCUAGACCCCAUGACUAAUGACUCUUCCAUAUUGGACGACCUUUUUAGUAGCCUCCAUAGCGGUAAUGAUACAGUGCCCAUCGAACUCAAGAAAUGCUGCUAUGGAUAUUGCAUUGAUCUGUUGGAAAAGCUAGCAGAAGACAUGAACUUUGACUUUGACCUCUAUAUUGUUGGGGAUGGAAAAUAUGGGGCCUGGAAAAAUGGGCACUGGACUGGACUGGUGGGUGAUCUCCUGAGUGGGUCAGCCCACAUGGCAGUCACUUCCUUCAGCAUCAAUACUGCACGAAGCCAGGUGAUAGAUUUCACCAGUCCUUUUUUCUCCACCAGCUUGGGCAUCUUAGUGAAGACCCGAGACACAGCAGCUCCCAUUGGAGCCUUCAUGUGGCCACUCCACUGGACAUUGUGGCUAGGGAUUUUUGUGGCUUUGCACAUCACUGCCAUAUUCCUCACUCUGUAUGAAUGGAAGAGCCCCUUUGGUCUGACCCCCAAAGGGCGGAAUAGGAGUAAAGUCUUCUCCUUCUCUUCAGCUUUGAAUGUGUGUUAUGCCCUCUUGUUUGGUAGAACAGCAGCAAUCAAACCCCCAAAAUGCUGGACUGGAAGGUUUCUAAUGAACCUUUGGGCCAUAUUCUGUAUGUUUUGCCUUUCUACAUAUACAGCAAACUUGGCAGCUGUCAUGGUGGGUGAGAAGAUCUAUGAAGAGCUUUCUGGAAUACACGACCCUAAGCUCCAUCAUCCAUCCCAAGGCUUCCGCUUUGGAACUGUCCGGGAAAGCAGUGCUGAAGAUUAUGUGAGGCAAAGCUUCCCAGAGAUGCAUGAGUACAUGAGAAGGUAUAAUGUACCAGCCACCCCCAAUGGAGUGGAGUUUCUGAAGAAUGAUCCGGUGAAACUAGACGCCUUCAUCAUGGACAAAGCCCUUCUGGAUUAUGAAGUGUCAAUAGAUGCUGACUGCAAACUUCUGACCGUGGGGAAGCCAUUUGCCAUAGAAGGAUACGGCAUUGGGCUCCCACCCAACUCUCUGCUGACCUCCAAUAUAUCCGAGCUAAUCAGUCAAUACAAGUCCCACGGGUUUAUGGAUGUGCUGCACGACAAGUGGUACAAGGUGGUUCCCUGUGGCAAGAGAAGCUUUGCUGUCACCGAGACUCUGCAAAUGGGCAUCAAACACUUCUCGGGACUCUUCGUGCUGCUGUGCGCAGGAUUGGGUCUGUCCAUCCUGACGGCCGUGGGUGAGCACAUAGUGUACAGGCUGCUGCUACCACGAAUCAAGAACAAAUCGAGGCUGCAGUACUGGCUCCACACCAGUCAGAGAUUACACAGAGCGCUAAAUACAACAUUCGUAGAGGAAAAGAAGCCACAUUUCAAGACUAAGCGUGUGGCGAAGAGGUCCAACGUGAGACCCCAUCAGCUCUCUGUGUGGAAUACUUCCAAUCAGAGUCACGACAGCCAACGAAAAUACAUCUUCAGUGAGGAGGGAGGACAAAACCAACUGGGCAUCGGGACUCACCAGGACAUCCCUCUCCCUCCGAGGAGAAGAGAGCUCCCUGCUUCACUGACCACCAACGGGAAAGCAGACUCCGUACACGGGGCGCGGAACUCAGUGAUGCAGGAGCUCUCGGAGCUGGAGAAGCAGAUUCAGGUGAUCCAGCAAGAGCUGCAGCUGGCCGUGAGCAGGAAAACGGAGCUGGAAGAGUAUCAACGGACAAAACGGACUCCUGAGUCCUAGCUGACGCUGCCCCUCCCCUUUGUCGCUUCCGGCCUGCCUCUGAGCCCUUGAGACACUUUGUAAUGCUCUUUUGUAACAACUGACAAAGGUGUGGGGACUCUGAGGUCCAGGUCUUCUCAGAGGUCAAGUCCGCGCUCCCCAGCCUAAAAGGCAGCAGCAGCUCUUCCCAAGCUGACUCCCUAGGUCUCCAGGGUAACAGCCUUUCAGAGCAGGAAUCUUAAAUUAGUCAGGAGUGAGUACAGCAUUAGGGAUUUGUGCAUUACCAGACAACCCCAGCUCCUGUUAACCUUUUCACCGAGUGCCACAGUACUAUUUCUGGUGUUUAGCCCUUUCUCUGCACUAACAACGAGAGAUAAAAAGAAUUGUUGCCCAGACCUUGUCUUACUAGGUUGUCAGCUUCACUCUCAGCAUAGAACAGGACUAUCCAGGGUUGUGGUUUUUUGCUACAACUCCCCAGUCCAGAUUUGUUCCCCUGAAUGAGGUACAGGGUAAGUAUCACAGCAGGCAAGGACUGAUUGCACUGGGUGAGAGAGCCUUGAUUCUGAGAACGUCCCAGCUCUCUGACACCAUCCUGAUGAACAUUUAGAAGGAACGUGUUCACAUGCCGCUGUGAAAGGGGACAGGAAUGUGGCAGGUAGAGAGAAAGGACAAGUCAAAGAAGCAUUCAAAAUAUACACCAUGCUUUUAGAACAAAAGCACUGGGCCAGAAAAUUAAUUUGGCUAAAAAAUGAACAGGACUGUCCUUGUAAUCCAGCUAAGCAUCUCCAAGGCAGUGCUUGCCUUUUGUAAAAGAGAAAGAGAGGAAAACAAAACAUGGGUGUGGCCUUAGGACAAAACCGGAAUAUCCGUGCUUACUGCAACUGUGGGUUCAGUGAAAAUGUUCUGCAAACCCCAUACCAGGCCAUUUUCAGAUCAGCAGUCACCUAUCUCUUGGAUCAAAAAAAAAAAAUCCCAAAAGUGAACCUCAAGCUUGUGAACAUCGCAGGCUUCACCAUUCAGAAAUGUGCCCUGUGCUUCUCAUACCUGUCUUGAUAACAGCCAAGUCAGUCUCCCAGCCUCACACCCACUUUCCUCUGAGGAGCCACGAGCAGAUCUGGUCCCUCCGAUCCUCUCCCAGGCCCCACCUGACGCCCUUAAAGAUUGCUAUUGGUAACGUGGCUCCCCCUCUGCCUAGGCGCCCCCUUCCCACUGGACAACUGCUUGGACACGCAGGAAAGCAAAGGGCUCUGGGAGCUACCGAACUUCAGUUCCCAAUGUUAGUGAGGCCAGGAAUCACCCAGGUUCAACUCGUUAAAAUGCUGAUUGACAGGACCCUUCCCCAGACAGUGGGUGGGGGUCAGGGGAGAGACUGGAUGUGAGCUCCCAGGUACCUGACCCAUGUGGUCCAAAAAUCACUCUUCAGGAAACACUGUUUGAGAAGUGUGACUGUCCCAGGCAGUGGGAGAAGCGAGAAAAGCUUUUUUUGUUUUUUAAAAACUUCCACAAGUACCUGCUGAUUCACCUUCUGAACAGGCCCUCCCAGUUUCGGGCACCUUUGAGGACUAGAAUUCCUUGUUUUUCAAUUGUUUGCUUUAUCUUCUCAGUACUCUGCUGCAGCCCAGUCCAUCUGCGGGCCCACAAUGAAUUGGCAGCACUGUGCAAAGCCCCGGGGCCCUGUAACAGCUGUCGAUGCUGCAAAGGCACAGCCUACUUUUGAAUGGAGCCCCUGCAUUCCCACCAAGAACUAUCCAGGCUCCCAGGGAAAGAUCACACCCUAAGCUGUAAUUAGAUAACACUUCAGCAAUUAGUUAAUUGCCUGA